AACGUUAACUUUUUUGGUUUUAUAUCAUUUUUAGUAUCAAAAAAGAAAGUUAUGGCUAAAUCUACAAAACAACAACAACCUUCUGAUUCUAAAAUGGUUAGUUCUGAACUAUUUAUUUUGACAUAUGGAGCAUUAGUCAACGAUUUGAUAAGUGAUUUGGAAUCCCCCGAGGAAGUUAAUCGUCAAUUGGACAAAAUUGGUUAUAAUAUGGGUCUUCGACUUGCAGACGAUUUUCUUUCUAAAAAUCCUCGUAUUGGUAGAUGUUCAGAUUUUCGUCAAGUCAUGGAGCUUAUAUCAAAAAAUGGAUUAAAAACAUAUUUAGGUGUUAUAGCCCAAAGCAAUCAAAUUGGAAAUGUUGGUGAUGAAUUUUCUUUAAUUAUUGACCAAAACCCAUUGACUGAAUUUGUUGAGAAACCUGUGGAAUUUAAAGAUUUGUGUUAUUCUCAGGUUAUUUGUGGAUGUAUAAGAGGAGCAUUGGAAGCAAUGCAUAUGGAAGUGCAGGUUACUCUUGUUGCUGAUCUUCCUGAUCCAACUGAAUUAAGAAUUAAAUUCCAUAGAAUUUUGCAUGAAUCAAUCCCUGCUGGAGAUGAAUUAUAA